UCAAUAUGUACUUAUCAAUAAAAAAGUUAAUUCCCCAAUUCCACACCACCUUUCUAUCUAUCUAUAAUCUAUCUAUAUAACACAACACAAUACAAUGUCGCACCUCCCCCCCUCCCAAGCAAUAUUCUCCCCCUCCGUCGCCCGCGCCGCCGCCUCCACCGCAAAAGACUGGUCCUACAUCGACACCUGGCUGCGCAGCAUCUUCGCCAACUCCUCCUCCCCUUCUAGCCGCGCCUCCCGCCCUCCCCCCUUCGAGCGCAACCCCGAAACCCUCAAGGCCCUGCUCGCCCUAGCCGCCGCCAACGAAGCCGCCGACGAGCACCGCGAGCAGCUCGCGCGCGUCGAGGAGGCUGCGCUGGAAGAAGCGCGCUCCGUCGAACGAGAGCGGGAGGAACGGCGGAAGAGGAUCGAUGCUCUGAAGCAGAAACAACGGGAAGGAGCAAAUGUAGAAAAAGAAGAAGGAGAAGAAGAAUCUCUCGACGGUGACAUCCUAGCCACAGACCUACUCUCCGCGCUCGAAUCCUCCUUGAGCAAAGACGGCGCCGCAGCCCUCGACGCCAUGGCUUCUAUGGCCGUCGAGCUAGGCGUCGCGUACCCCACCCCCGAAAUCCUCGGGUCCAAGUUCGCCGAGCUGCAGGGCCGAGCAUUCGAGCUAGAAGACGGGAUCGAGCGGGUAGAUUUACUGCGGCGGUACUUGGACCGGGAAUCUGCUCGCGCCGAGACCUUUCUCGCAGAGCUGCAGCAGUCCAAUGCCGACUCCAGCCUCAAUGCCCACAACGAUAAGGACAGCACCAUCGGCGGUGGCAGCGGUAGCGGCAGCGGUAGCAGCGCCAGCAUAUUCACACUUCCCCCCACUCUCCCCAAGCAAAACCUCUCCCUGCAACGCCUAAUCAAGAGCACAUCCAGCCACCUCCCAGACCUAACCCACCAAGUCCACUCCCUAGAAAAAACCGUCGGCCUCCCCGCUCUAACCGUCGAUGACGUGCGCGCCGACGAGGAAGCAUACCUAGACCUGCUAUCCCGCAAAAAGGAUCUCGAUACGCAAGUCCGCGCCUUUGCCGGCCUACCCCCUGAUAUCGACGCCGCGCGUGCUGAACUAGAAGCUUUACGUGCCGAGCUCCGGCACGCGACGGAACGGCGCGAUGAGGACUUUGAGAGGCUGGUGGAACGGGAGAGUCCGGUGAAGAGUAGGAGGAGGCCUAGACUAGACUAAAUUAUAUUAUACUAUCCUCAAGUAAGCCUCAAAACAGCUGCAAGAAUACUCGUCUUAGUAUAUAAUGCAAUCCAAUAUGUGUAUAAAAACGCCAUUAAUUAUUACUUGUCUAUUCGAACUCGCAGGUAUCCUCGCUCUACACAAUCAUA